AUGGGCUUUGCAAGUAACUUAAAAUGGGGAUUUAUUCCAACAAGACGUGUUCUUGAUGAAGAUGAAAAUGGUAAUUUCACUUAUCCUGAAUUACAGAAGAAUACCGAUGAUAGUAAAGAAAAAAGUUCAUUAGAAAAAAUUUCCACUACUGAAGUUGAUGAAAAAUCGCAUGAAGUGUUUGAGUAUAGAGACGAAAAAGAUAGAAAGUGGUGGAAGUUCUUUGAUGAAUAUGAGUAUAGAGUUACUAAGACAGUUAAGAAUAAAAGAAAAUGGUAUAAAUGGUUCCAUGAUGAUGAUACUGCUGCUGAAAAGAGACUUAUUUUAAAAGUGGAUAUCUUAUUAACUUUUUAUUCAUUAAUGGCUUAUUGGGUUAAAUAUUUAGAUCAAACCAAUUUAACUAAUGCUUAUGUUGGAGGUAUGCAAGAAGCUAUUGGAAUGAAAGGUAAUGAUUUUGUUAAUACUCAAGUUAUGUUUACUGUGGGUAAUGUUAUUUUUCAAAUUCCAUUUAUGUACAUUCUUUAUGCUUACCCAUUAAAUUAUGUUUUACCAUCUUUAGAUCUUUGUUGGUCUAUAUUGACUAUUUGUCUUUAUAGAGUCACUAAUGUUCAAGGUUUAAAAGCUCUUAGAUUCUUUAUUGGUGGUUUUGAAGCUACCAGUUAUAUUGCUUAUCAUAGUUUAUUUGCAUCUUGGUUUAAAGGUAGUACUGGUGAAGUCUCAAGAAGAGCUGGUUUCUAUUAUCUUGGACAAUAUCUUGGAGUUCUUACUUCCGGUUUACUUUCAGGAGCUAUUGAAAGAAAUAUGGGAGGCAUCAAUGGACUUGACGCUUGGCAAUGGAUUUUCAUUAUUGAUGGGAUUAUCUCUGUUAUUGUAGGUAUACUUGGAUUUUAUAUGAUUCCUGGUACUCCACAGGAUUGUUAUAGUAUAUUCUUAACAGAUGCCGAUAUUAGAGUGGCAAGAAAGAGAAUGAUUGCUGAUCAAAAGGAUUUCAAACCAAGAGAAAAUGCUCUUAAAUACUUCUUUGAUGUUAAACUUUUAAAGAAUAUUCUUACUUCAUGGCAAUUACCAGUAUUGGCUCUUUGGAAUAUUUUCUGUUGGAAUAAUACUAAUGGUACUUCUGGUGCUUAUGCCCUUUGGUUAAAAUCAUUAAAGAAUGAUGAAGGUAAGCCCCGUUUUGGUCCAGGAGAAUUACAAGAUUAUACAGCAUUAACACCUGGUUUGGGUCUUAUAUGGUUAAUUAUAACUUGUUCAAUUGCUGAUUUAUUUAAUCUGAGAUGGUUUGCAAUUAUCUUCAGUCAAGUAUUUAAUUUUACAGGAAAUGUAUUACUUGCAGUAUGGUAUAUUCCUGAACGAGCCAAAUGGUUUGCUUGGUGUCUCCAAUAUUGGUCAUGGGCCAUGGCUCCUGUUCUUUAUUCAUGGUUGGGUGAUAUAUCUAGAAAGGAUGUUAGAGAAAGAAAUAUUAUUUUGGUUAUAGUUAAUAUCUUGGCUCAACAAUCUACAGCUUGGAUUGCUGUAUUGGUGUAUCCUACAGUAGAAGCACCCAGAUUCUUAAAGGGAUAUUCAUUUACAGCUACUUCUGCAUUUGCAUUAUCUGUUUGGACAUUUGUUGUAUUAUACUUCUAUAAGAAGGAUGAAAGAGCCAAUGCUAGGGCUAAUGGUAUUAUACUCUAUAAUUCCGCUACGGAUCCUGAUUUUGUACCAUCUGAAGUUGAAGAUGAGACUGAUUUAAAGAGGGAUUAA